AUGGGUGGAGGAUCUGGAGCUGGAAACUUCCUUAAAGUUGUCAUCAGCAAUAUUGAUGUUCUUGCUGGGCCUGUGGUUAGUCUGGUUUAUCCUCUUUAUGCUUCAAUUAGGGCAAUCGAGACCAAGUCCCCAGUGGAUGAUCAGCAGUGGCUUACCUAUUGGAUUUUAUACUCCAUGAUCACCCUGUUUGAGCUAACUUUUGCCAAAAUCAUUGAAUGGAUUCCUAUCUGGUCAUAUGCGAAGCUGAUUGUGACCUGCUGGUUAGUCAUACCAUACUUCAAUGGAGCUGCAUAUGUCUAUGAGCAUUUUGUUAGGCCUACUUUUGUCACUCGAGAGACAGUCAACAUUUGGUAUGUACCACGGAAGAAGGAUGCCUCUAAUAAGCGAGAGGACAUUCUCACUGCAGCCGAGAAGUACAUUCAAGAACAUGGAACUCAAGAAUUUGAGAAGUUGAUUCACAGGGGCGAUAGGGCAACAACUCACAGAAACCACGACAACUACACCACUUACUAUGACGACGACUAUAGAUAUUGA